GACUGACUUGUCACAUCCGCCGUCUCCUAAUGCAAACUGUGCCACUGUACUUGGAGGCAGAUGACAAAAGCAGCACCAAGACACCAGGUGCACUGCUGCGGUCCUUGCUGGACAUUUUGCAAUGCAUGCUGAAGUAUACAGAAAACAUUGUGCACCAAACUUCGCAGGCACAGAAGUCUGGCACAGGGGGGGACACGCAGACUGCCGAAGACCUUCUGCUUGCCAAUAAACCCCUGAUGGACCUAAGUAGCCAGCUUAUUCAACUGCUUCGCAGUGAAGAUACUGAAAUAUUUGUGAGUGCCUCACGGUGCUUCUUAUUGCUGGGUCAGCUGUAUGGAGGAGACAGCCAGAAGAUUAUGUCUCCAGAAAAUAUGGACAGCUUUGCUGAAGUACUGAAGUCCAAAAAAGAUAAACAACAACUGAAACAUCUGUUGAAAAUUGUAAUCAGGCUGGCAGUUGUUGCUUAUGUAAGACAGGUGUGUACAUCCAUGGAUGCCCUUACAGCAUGUAUUGCUGGAAAUGAGGAAAAGGCAUCGCAGUUAAGGAUGCCCUUACAGCAUGUACUGCUGGAAAUGAGGAAAAGGCAUCGCAGUAUGAUGGGUUAA